UGUGAGGGAAGGUGAAGUUCCAUCUGAUUUAAAAAGCUCUAUGGAAGCUCAUAGACAAGAACUAAUUGAACAUCUAUCAAAUGUUGAUGACACUAUAGGAGAAUUAUUUCUAGAAGAAAAACCUAUUAGUGAAAAAGAUAUUCAAAAUGCCAUAAGACGUUCAUGCCUUCAAAGAAAAUUUACUCCUGUUUACCUUGGUUCAGCAUUAAAAAACAAAGGUGUUCAACCUCUAUUAGAUGCUGUUCUGUCUUAUUUGCCUAACCCAGCUGAAGUGGAAAAUUAUGCAUUUAAAGGUGAAGGUUCUGAUCCUGAAAAGAUUUUGAUGAACCCAGCCAGAGAUGACUCAAACCCUUUCCUGUGUCUGGCUUUUAAGUUAGAAGCUGGUAGAUUUGGUCAAGUCACUUACUUAAGAAUAUAUCAAGGCAAACUGAAAAGAGGAGAACUACUAUACAAUGUAAAAACUGGAAAACGUCUCAAGUGUACCCGCAUAGUUCGAAUGCAUUCAAAUGAAAUGGAGGACACCGAGGAAGCCUAUGCUGGUGAUAUUGUCGCUGUUUUUGGUUUGGAUUGUGCGAGUGGUGAUUCAUUUGUUACAGAUAAAAAUUUGAAACUGACAAUGGAGCCUAUGUUUGUACCAGAUCCUGUUAUUGCUAUGUCUAUUAAGCCAAAAGAUAAAAAGCACCUUGAAAACUUUUCCAAAGCUGUGAAUCGUUUCACUAAAGAAGAUCCGACUUUUCACUUUUAUUUUGAUCAUGAUAGUAGAGAGUCUAUUGUAUCUGGAAUGGGAGAACUUCAUCUAGAGAUAUAUGCUCAGAGAAUGGAAAGAGAGUACAAUGUACCUGUUAUAUUGGGAAAGCCAAAAGUUUCUUUUAGAGAAAGCUUACUUGCGCCAUGUGACUUUGAUUAUUUGCAUAAAAAGCAGUCUGGUGGAUCUGGCCAAUAUGGAGGGGUCAUGGGGAAAAUGAGACCUUUACCUCCUGAGCAAAAUACCAAAAUAGUUUUUACAGAUGCCACAGUGGGAACUAAUAUUCCAAAAACCUUUGUUCCAGCUAUUGAAAAGGGUUUCCGAUCAAUGUGUGAAAAGGGAACCUUGACUGGACACAAACUUUCUGGCAUUGAAUUUGUCUUAACAGAUGGUUCCCAUCAUAUUGUUGAUUCAAAUGACAUAUCAUUCUUUUCUGCUGCGUGUGGCGCUGUUCAACAAGUAUUUGACUAUGGUCAGUGGCAUAUACUGGAACCUGUUAUGUUGGUAGAAGUAGCUGUACCCUCUGAAUUUCAAGGAUCUGUCAUCACACAACUCAGUAAAAGGGGUGGAAUUGUCAUUUCUAUGGAUGCAGAAGGGGAUUGGGCUAUUGUCACAGCUGAGGUGCCACUUAACAACAUGUUCGGCUAUUCAUCAGAAUUACGUUCCAGCACGCAAGGCAAAGGUGAAUUCACAAUGGAAUAUUCCCGAUACUCUCCGGCAGCUGUAGACGUCCAGCAACAACUCAUUCAAGAUUAUCAAUCCCUUUCGGAAAAAGAAAGAAAAAAUUUGUAAAUAUCAUUAUAAAGAAUUUUGUACAUAUGUAUUUAUUAAAGCAUUUUAGUACUUUUA